UUAUUAUUAGUAUGGAGCGUGUGAUAAUACUAGUAGACAUGGAUUGCUUUUAUGUGCAAGUCGAGCAAAGGCUUAAUCCGUCAGUAAAGGAUAAACCAUGCGCAGUCGUUCAGUACAAGAAACGAGGUAUCAUUGCUGUUGGCUACAAAGCUCGAAAGUUUGGAGUCAAACGUGGCAUGACAGCCAACGACGCGCAAAAACUGUGUCCCAACAUUGCAUUACUGUAUGUCACCGAGACCCGAGGAAAGGCCGAUCUUACAAAAUAUAGAAAAGCAAGCACUGAAGUCAUGGAGUCGUUAGCUCAAUUCUCCAGCCAUCUAGAGAGAGCAAGCAUCGACGAGGCGUAUCUUGACAUCACAAGUGCAGUAGAGAAACGCAUGAAAACGAUGCCAUUUUCUGAUAUAAAUGCAGACAGGCUAAAGAGUACUCGUAUUGUUGGGUGGGAAGAGAGUGAGUGUGAGAGACACAGUGAUACAGCAGAAGACACAGAGGAGGAAGACAACGAUAGUGUCUCUGCAGAUGACAAAUAUGUGAUAGAUGAUGAUAUUGAUAUCAACUCUUUAGUAUCAAUUGCUACAGAGGCUGAAACGUUGGAGACUCAUGAGCAUGCAUACGAGUGUAAUGAUGCAAUUGCAAGCUCAUCGGCUCGACUUGUAGUUGAUUCAAAGGCACAGUUUGAUGGACAGUCAGAUGGUAUGCAAAGAUGGCUGUCUAGCGGUCUUGAUGAAGGCAGUAAACGACUAGCCUAUGGAGCUGUCAUAGUUAAUGAGAUACGAGCAGCUGUGUUUACUGAUACUGGCUUUACAUGCUCUGCUGGAAUUUCUCAUAAUAAGGUCUUAUCCAAGUUAGCAUGCGGUUUCCACAAACCCAACCAACAGACAGUCUUAUGCAGAAGCUCGGUCUCUAAACUUUUCAGCAAUCUCCCAUUGAAGAAACUUCGUAAUCUUGGGGGAAAGCUUGGAGCAUCAAUUGCCGAGAAACUUUGUGUGACACACAUUGGCGAUCUCUGCCAAUACACACAGCAGAGAUUACAAGAAGAAUUUGGAGAUAAGACAGGACAUUGGCUGUUUAAUGUUUGUCGAGGCUUAGAUUUAGAGCCUGUGAGACCACGACAGCUAACAAAGUCUAUUGGCUGCAGCAAGAACUUCAAGUGGAAUGCAAAGUUGGCGUGUCAUGAACAGAUCAAGUACUGGUUUUUGAAGUUUGCAGAAGAACUAUACGAGAGGCUAUCAGCAGAUAUGACGGAAAAUUCUCGUGUUGCACAACAUCUUGCUAUUCAUUAUCAAUUUGAGGACAGCUCAGGUGCCUCUCGUUCCUGUCCUCUCUCACAUUAUGAUGUCAACCACAUGGCUCAUUUGGCAUAUACGGCUCUACUAAAAGCUUGCAGCAUCACACCUUCGAUGUGCCAUCCAUGUGAGGCAGCAGGUCCAACACAAUGGUCGCCUCCCAUUGUGAAUUUGGGAAUGUUUGCCAGUCAGUUUGUGCCACUUCCUUCUCAGUCUAUUGAUCGAUUUCUCACUGCCACAACAGUUAGUGAGCGACCAAGAACACAAACGACACUGAAACGACCAUCACACAGCAAAAGUCUAGAAUGCAAAGAGCGAAAAGGCAUUCUCAACUUCUUUCCCAAAAGGGCAAAAACAGAAUGUGAUGCCGAAGUCAACAAUGAUAAGGAAAUGUUGAUAUCGACGACCACAAGCGAUGUACUCGAUGAUCAAGUUGUGUCAUGCAGCAAAUGUAAACAAAAAGUUGCUCGUUGUGACAUGCAGGAACACGAAGAUUAUCACAUUGCGUUACAGUUGCAGCAACAGUUGAGUGCAACAGUGAACACAUGCAUGUCUGGCAGUAAGACUGGGAAGUGGAAAGAACAGAGCAGCACAGCGUCUCCUAAUAGUAGACAAGUUAGAGGUAAUAUUUUUGAUUUCUUUGAAAAAUAGUAUAUGCUAUAUGUCAUGCAGAUAGAUGUAUGUAUACAUAGAUGCGGACAACUUAGUAUUUCAUAAUCUCUUUUUGUUUCCAACAUUAAUUCA